CGGGUGUUGAGAAUCAUUGCCUUAAGACACGAUACAUAAUGGUCAAUGGGGCCGUUCCAGAGAGAAUGUUGAACGUGAUCACCCACUACACGACCAAGAGACAAAUUAGACGCCUAAAAGUGAACAUGGAAAUGGAUGGCACUCCGCGAGGUAAAUACUAUUUACAGCAUGACGCGACAACCCAACUUAGAACAUUCAAGUUGCUCGCAUAGAAGAAAAUUCAUCUCCUACUGGUUCGACCGAUCGUCGGUGUCAAGGCAGAAAAACAUACACGGACGAAUCACACUGCCGGUGU